AAGCCACCUUUACCCUACACGAACCCCCGGGUGAAAGAAAUUAGUCAAAUAAUAACUACCGUAAGAGAAGAACACUGACCGUACGUCGGAAAAACGACGGCAAGACUCCGGGGCCUAUAAUAAACAAUACUCCGUAAUUUAUUUACUGCAAUUUCAAAAUCAUGUUGGGGAAUGGGGAGCUUGAGCUUUGAACUGCAAUUAUCUAUCGCCACACUGGAAACGGCAAAAUACUUUCACUAAAACCUCGAUAGAAGAAGAGGACAAGCGGGAACUGGCUCUUAGCUGUUGAGGAAGGAGAGAGACGGCGGGUUGCGCUGCCGCAGAGACUAAUCGGGUUAGGGUGACAGAGCCGCCGUAAAAUGCAGUUCGAUUGGCUUUCCAAGCGCAUAACCGUGUCGCUUCUAAACCUAAAUAGCCAUUCCCAUCACAUCAUCUGCCCAGCUAUACCUGUUAAUGACAGUUCUAUAUUUCCACAACGCUCGAUUUCAUGCUACUCCGGUUCAACUUCCGCCGACUGCAUUUAUCUAAAACACAGAAUCCGUCCUAAUAAUAUCCGCCCCGGCCGCCGCAACCUUAAAUUUGGUCCGUUGGUGCAACCGCGGUGCUCAUCUUCUUCAGUAAUCGGGGAAGGUGAAGGAGAAGAGGAAGAAGAACUAGGUGAGGCAAGGGAUGCGCUUUGCGACUAUCUACGGCAGCUUGGGAUUUCCACGGAGGAAGCCACUGAGAUCGCCCUCGCUGCUCCCAGCUACCUGAAAAUGUUGAUUGACAGCGUUGAAGACCUUGACGAAUUGUCCUUAUGGAAUUCGUGGAUAAGUUCCGCCUCCGCAGCUCCUCACUCACAGCCACCACAGCCGCCACCUUCUUUUAGAAGUAAGGUGUACCGAAUGGUCCAACAAAAAGGAGAUAAGGGCAUGCUUCCCUACCUAGAGAGUGCUGGCCUAACUCUAUCUUCUGCAACUCACCUAGCUCGCUAUCUCUCAUCCUCCCACACACUUCCUGAUCUUAUUCAAAAGGUUAACUAUUUGAAUGAAGUAUUAUUUUCUAGCACUGCUGAUGAAAGGAUAGUUGGUAAAAGUGCCAGACGAAUGAUGAUGCACCUUUCUAUUUCUAUUGAUGAUGAUGUGCAACAAACCUUAUCAUUCUUUGAGAAGAUCCAAGCAAGACGAGGAGGCCUGGAUUGUUUAGGCUCCAAAGAUACUUCUUUCCGACAUCUCAUUGAAUCUUUUCCACAUCUUUUGUUGCUUCCUUUGGAGACUAAAAUGGAGCCUAUCCUCCAAAUCCUUGAGGAUAUUGGAGUAGCACAUGGAUGCAAGAGACAAAUUCUCCUACUCUUCCCGCCAAUUAUUUUCUAUGAUGUUGAAAAGGACAUAAGACCAAGAUUGCAUUCUUUCCUAAAAAUUGGUGCAGGGGAGCAAGAUUUUGGUCAGAUGUUACUCAAGUAUCCAUGGAUUCUUUCUGCAAGCAUACUGCAAAACUAUGAGAGGAUCCUCAAUUUCUUUAAUAAGGAGAAGAUACCUAUUGCUAGUGUAGCCCAUGCAAUUAAAAGAUGGCCCCUCCUUUUAGGAUGUUCAGUUGACAAGCUGAAGUUUAUGCUUGAUCAGUUCCGAGACUUGGGCAUCAUAAACAAAAAGUUGGGUAAGGUUAUUGCUACAAGUCCUCAGCUAUUGGUGCAGAGACCUCAAGACUUCCUUCAGGUGGUAUGCUUCCUUAGAGAUUUGGGAGUUGAUGAGGAUACCCUUGUUAGAAUAAUUAUUCGCUGCCCUGAAAUUUUUGCUUCAAGCAUUGAGAGAACUCUUGAGAGAAAGCUUGCUUUCCUGAGUACUAUUGGAAUUUCUAGGGGUCAUUUCCAGAGGGUUAUAAGGAAAUAUCCGGAGGUUUUCAUAUGUGACGUUGAUGGAGCUUUGCUUCCAAGAGUUAGAUAUUUGAUGCAAGCUGGGAUUUCGAAGCGGGACAUAUCCUUCAUGGUCCGUAAGUUUUCACCCUUACUGGGGUACAGUAUAGAAAAAGUAUUGAGGCCAAAGUUGGAAUUCCUAGUGAACACAAUGGGAAAGGGAAUAAAAGAAGUGGUUGAAUAUCCAAGAUACUUCAGCUACUCGUUGGAGAAGAAGAUAAAACCCAGAUAUUGGGUGCUGAAGAGUAGAAAUGUUGAUAUUAGCUUGAAAGAUAUGUUAGGCAAAAAUGACGACGAGUUCUUUUCUGAGUUUAUGGGGGUCGAAAGGAUGCUUAUUCCCCCUUCAUAAAGAACUUUUUGCUUAGUGCAUCUAUGCUGCACUACUGAUGUACUUAUUAGAAGGUCCCGUGUGAGUCAUGUGACACCAUCAUCCAGCAGACCUGCUUAAUUCUCCCUUGACGAUGAUCACAGUGAAUUAAGUUUAGUUGCUCUCUGUUCAAUUGGGGGUGUGCUCGGGAGCCUGGAAUGGUUUACACCAUACUGCCAGAUUGGAGUAUGCUAGGCUGAAGCCGUGAAGGUGUGAGUAGCUAGCAGGAACGUCUGGUUGGCUUUGGGUUAGGUGGCAACUGGAGGCUGGAUACACUAAUUGAAUAUCUGCCGGUUGGCAUUGAGGCAACAGACGAUUGACCAGAGAAGAUGAUGGUGUGGAGGAAAGAGGGCACAUAGAAGUGGAGAGCACUAGGCCCAGGGGUUCUUCCCAUCGGUUGCAUUAUUUUUUCAGGUUGAAUGGAGGAUUGCAUUCAAUUCGCUUGGUGCUUCUCUCUCAAAUUGGAUUGAAUAAGUGAGUUGGCAUUCUAACAUUUAUGUUAAACAAGCCAAUGAAGAAUGCUCUUACACACAACUUGUAAUUUGUAUUUCAAGUUUUACGCAUACCUACUUAUUACAAAUUAUUAGUAGUUAAAUAUACAUGAAAAAGAGCAGAAAUAAGACUAACAAGAUCGCAAAAGAUAAAUUGUGAUCACUUUAUAAUCUAG